UGAAGGGAGGAGCCAAGCACCUUUUUUUGACCAGGUGAAGGGGCUGAAUUUGUAGUCACAUUUCUGGAUCCGUUGAAUUGUUUGUUGUGUUUGGGAUGUUUGUUUGAGUUAGUAUCUCGCAUUCUGUCUGCAUCACAUGGCGAUCUCUUUCGUUCAGAGCUGCACAAACGGGACCCUGGUUACUUUGAAAUGUCCUUCACGUCAGGUGGUCUGCAAGAUCUUGAGUGAUGAUGACACCAGCUUGGGCUCUGCUCUAACAACAGACUAUGACUUUCUUAUUGGGCUGGCUCUGGCUGUGCUUUCCUGCCUUCUUAUUGGAAGUAGUGUUAUCCUUAAGAAAAAGGGACUGCUACGUCUGUCACAACAAGGCGGGAUCCGUGCAGGUGCUGGGGGUCAUGGCUAUCUCAAAGACUGGAUGUGGUGGGCUGGCCUUUUAACAAUGGCAGGAGGUGAAGGUGCCAAUUUCGCAGCAUAUGCUUUUGCCCCAGCCACAAUUGUUACACCUCUGGGUGCCCUUAGUGUCCUAAUCAGUGCUGUCCUGUCUUCUUACCUGCUGGGAGAACGGCUGAACCUUCUAGGGAAGUUGGGAUGCAUUCUCAGUGUACUGGGAAGCACUGUAAUGGUAAUCCACUCCCCUGAGGAACAGGAGGUUAAUACUUUGGCAGAAAUGACUUCAAAACUCAAAGAUCCAGGUUUUAUAGCCUACAUAACCUUACUGCUAAUAUGCUGCCUGAUCUUGAUCUUUGUGAUCUGCCCUCGCUGUGGUUGCAGUAACAUCCUCGUCUAUCUGGCAAUAUGUUCCCUCUUGGGGGCUUUCUCAGUGUCUUCUGUCAAGGGUUUAGGAAUUGCUGUUAAAGGUCUUCUUAUGGGUCAGCCUGUUGUUCAACAUCCCCUUCCCUGGAUCCUUAUCCUGAUCUUGGUUGUAUCCGUAGUUACUCAGGUCAACUAUCUCAACAAGUCUCUGGAUGUAUUUAACACUUCAAUGGUCUUUCCCAUCUACUACGUCCUAUUUACCAGUGUGGUUAUCACAACGUCCCUUAUCCUCUUCAAAGAAUGGGUUUCCAUGUCACCGGUGGAUGGUGUUGGGGCCGUUUGUGGGUUUGUUAUUAUCAUCCUAGGCGUCUUUAUGCUUCAUGCUUUCAAGGACUUCAACAUCGGUCUUCAAAGCCUUAAGCAGCAAUUGCAGAUCCAGCAGUCACCCCUACAUACUCCACCAACCUCUCAAAAAGAGGACCAGAUUACUUUAAUAGACUAUAUGGAGACUGAGAGCAAAGACAAUGUUCCAAAGGUAUUUGUGAUCUAUACAUAG